AAACAAAGAAGAAGAGAGGGACUCAAGCGUCACCACUGUGAACACUGCAACAAAUCCUUCACAACAUCUGGAUAUUUAAAGAUUCAUCAGAGGCUUCAUACUGGGGAGAAACCAUACAGCUGUGACCAGUGUGGGAAAACUUUCACUACAUCAAGUGAAAUAAAAAUUCACCAACGUUUUCACACUGGAGAGAAGCCGUACAGCUGUUACCAAUGUGGGAAAGCUUUCACUACAUCAGGUGACCUAAAAAUACACCACCGUGUUCACACUGGAGUGAAACCGUACGGCUGCGACCAAUGUGGGAAAGCUUUCACUAGAUCAAAUAUUCUAAAAAUCCACCAACGUGUUCACACUGGAGAGAAACCUUAUAGCUGCGACCAGUGUGGAAAAGCUUUCACUUCAUCAGGUGACCUAAUAAGACACAGACGUGUUCACACUGGAGAGAAACCAUACGGGUGUGACCAGUGUGGGAAAGCUUUCACUCUGUCAAAAAGCCUAAAUCAGCACCGUCGUGUUCACACUGGAGAGAAACUGUACAACUGUGACAAGUGUGGGAAAGCUUUCAUUACAUUAGGUGACCUAGACAGACACAGACGCGUUCACACUGGACAGAAACCGUACUGGUGUGAAAAAUGUGGCAAAACUUUUACUCAGAGUGGUCACCUUAAGAUCCACCGACGCCGUCACGCUGCUUCGCUUUAAACAUUUGUCCGAGCCAAGCAAGUUGCUUCCUGCUGCCUCCUCCUCAUGCCCUGAUGGCUGUGUUGUUAUAGUCUGAGCUUCUCUUCAAGCUGAGGGAUAGACAACAGUAACUUUAUGUUUCUAAGCAGCAUGUAUGUUAUGAUUGUGUCUACACUCUGACCUUCCUCUCCCCAAAAUCCUGCUGUUGUCACACACAAUUAGACCACUAGGGGUGUGAAUCACCAGAGACCACACAAAAUGAUAUUUCCAUUUUAACGAUAUCAUAGUCAUAUAUCAUGUUCUACAAUAUGUUGCAUUAAAUAAAUAAAUAAAUAAAACACAUACUCUUACAUUAAAAUAAAAAUGUUAGGGGGUCUGGGAUCCUCUUUAGUUUUUAGAGGUUCCUCCUGAUGCUCAGACAUGGUCUGCUGCCUAAUUUCUUCCUCUAUAAGGUAGUAACGAGUUACAUUUACUUUUUUCAAUAAAUGGUACUUGUCA